AUCCUUAUAAGAACCAUGGAAAUGCUCGAAAGGGAAACACCAUUAAAAAUGGUUAACUUCAGUGCAAGUUACAGUAAUUACAGUUUCAUGUGUUACGGCCUUCUACUUCUCCUUCUUUUAUCACUGUUCUUCUUUCAAUUUGCAUGGUGUGGCUCCACGGUUAAGUUCCUUCCUGGAUUCGAGGGACCCCUUCCUUUCGUCCUUGAAACCGGAUAUGUGGGAGUGGGUGAAUCUGAGGAUGUGCAGGCAUUCUACUAUUUUAUUGAGUCAGAAAACAAUCCAAAGGAGGAUCCUCUCAUGCUUUGGCUCACUGGUGGCCCUGGUUGCUCAGCCCUCUCUGGCCUUGUCUUAGAAAUAGGUCCUCUUGGUUUUAAGUAUGAGGAAUAUGAUGGAAUCCUCCCAAAUUUGUUCUAUAGGCAACACUCAUGGACUAAGGUGAGUAGCAUUAUAUUUGUAGACUUGCCAGUUUUCACUGGAUUCACUUAUGCCACGACAGAGUCUGCUGCUCAACGAAGUGACUGGAUACUUGUUCACCAGCUCCAUCAAUUUCUAAGGAAGUGGCUGAUUGAUCAUCCAACUUUUUUGUCAAACCAAGUUUACAUUGGCGGCGAUUCUUACUCUGGCAUUCCUAUUCCAGUGAUUGUUCAAGAAAUUUCACAAGCAAAUGAAAAAGGGGUACAACCAUGGAUAAAUCUCCAGGGAUACCUGUUAGGGAAUGCUGCUACUACUGGAAGUGAAUAUAAUUAUCGAAUUCCUUUUUCUCAUGGAAUGGGACUUAUUUCCGAUGAACUGUAUGAGUCACUACAAAAAAAUUGCAAAGGAGAGUACACAAAAGUAGACGAAAAAAAUGUAUUAUGUUCUAGAGAUAUGGAGUCAUUCAACGAGGUUUUAUCAGGAGUUAAUACUGCCCAUAUUUUGGACCCAUCAUGUGAGUGGCUUGAUACUGAAACAUCAUCACCGAUUAAAAAAUAUCCCAGCACGAAUUUUCUAAAUACUCGUCUCAAAUUGCCAUCCUUGAGCUGUCGAAGUUAUGUAUACUUCCUCUGCGGUUUAUGGGCCAAUGAUGAAAAUGUUCGCACUGCAUUACAUAUCCGUCAGGGAAGUAUAGGAAAAUGGCGUCGUUGUACGUUUGAUAUACCUCACAAGAAGGAUAUCCCAAGCAGUUUUGAGUAUCAUGUAAAUCUCAGCAGAAUGGGCUAUCGUUCGCUCAUAUACAGUGGCGAUCAUGACCUUUUGGUUCCUUUCUUGGCAAGUCAAGCAUGGGUCAAAUCUUUAAAUUACUCCAUUGUGGAUGAUUGGAGACAAUGGUAUACAAAUGGCCAAGUUGCAGGAUACACCAGGACUUACUCCAAUCGAAUGACAUUUGCAACUGUGAAGGGUGGAGGCCACACAGCUCCAGAGUACAAACCUGAACAAUGCCUUGCCAUGUACAGUAGAUGGCUAUCUAACAGAGCUUUGUAAGAACAACCAAACAAGGUUAUUUGUGGCAAAAACAAUUUCUUACACAACUUACUCGAAUACACAUAUUUAUAAAAAAUUACAAAAGUGGAUAAGUUAUAACAAGAUAAUAUAAUUUUAAUUCAAUGCACUUUUAACAUUAAAAUCAAGGUAAUACGAUUUUAGUUUAAAACGUUAUAAAAUAAAAUUGUAUCAUCUUUGACACAACUUUUAUUAAAACUGAACUAAAAUCGUGUUACACAAAAAUGCAUUGAAAUAAAAAGUUAUAUUAUCUUGAUACAAUUUUGAUUUAAAAAUCUUCUAUACUAAAAUUACGUUACUUUUGAAUAAAGUUGAAUUAAAUGAUGACUUAUCUAUGUAAUUUUUUUUAAGUCUAUUUAUUUUGGUAAUUUAAAAAAAAAAUCAUCAAAGUGUUUUUGCCAUUUGCUCUACCAAGGACUAAACUUGGUAUCUUUUUCAUAACAAAGUCUCAAGGAAGAUUUUGUUCAGCAAUAUAGUUUAAGAGUUUAAGUUCAUUCUAGCGAUAUGUACCUUACCAUUAAUACUGUAUCGAAGGCAAUAAAUGCAAGAGUUUUGUUUGUUUCAAAAUAAAUCAAUGAGGGAGAAGAUUUUAAGGACCUUAUGACUUGUAUUGUUUAGAAAAAUUACUUUUGAAUCCGAAUGGGAGUAAAUAUUGCGAAAAGAAAAAAACCAAUCAUAUAUACUCUCUAAUAGGUUUAAAUAUUGAAUCUCAACUCAGGUAGACAAUAGUUGUUAAUCAUAUUUAAAAUUCAGGCGUUGAUCCCUCGACCUCCACCUACCUAUUGAUCUUUCACUUUCCCAUUCUAAUUUUAUUCCUUCUUUUUUAUUUAUAUUCCUAUUUCUCUUUUAUAUUUCUAUUAUAUCCUUAAAUAAAAUUUAUUUUAUAGGUUAAUUUUAAUUAUAAUCUCCUAUUAUACAAAAGUUAUUUUGUUCUCACGUGGCUCUCUCUCAUCUCAUUGUGUUUAUUGUUUUUUAUGCAAUUCUUUGUGCUCUCUUUCUUUCAUUGUGAGGAAUCGUUGACUGGUGUGAAAGGAAAGGUGCAAUUGUGCAUAUAUCGUCGUCUCCGUGGUUGAAAGAGAAACGUGUGCGGCGUAGAGGUACAUAAUCCACUUAGCCUCAACUCUUAAAACUGAUUGAUCAUACUUCAACGGAUGUCGACGUCCGUUUGUCCCUGAAACGAAUGUCGAUAUCCGUCGACGGAUGUGCGACAUCCGUUUAGGCCUGAAUGUUUUCUUCCUCCUGUCCACCCAGAAACAUCAACAGGAACAAAACAGAAAACUCGCGCACAGCAGAAAUCAACACAAUCUUAAACCUUAUAUUACAUACAUUUACAAACGAAGCAGAAAUCAACACAACCUAUAUCAUGCUCAACGAAAGAAACUAACCUCUCGUAGACCAAGAGGCAUAAACAAAACUACGAAGCAACAACCACCGCGCCGCACCGUCGCACACAUCCGUCGCAUCGCCGCACACACCAAAAGUUAAAAGUACUGGAAGAUGACUAAGAGAGUUGGAAUUUUAGAAAAUGGAACUUGGAGCGUGGGGUGAGAAGAAUAUGAGGAAGGGGAGGUGGGGCUGCGUCUUCGAAAGUAAAGUCUGAUUGGAGUGGAAAGUAAAAAUUUAGGGUUAUUUAGUAUAUAGGGAUAAAAAAGUAAAAAAAAAUAACAAAAGGUUAUUUUUGUAAUUAAAAAAAAAAUAUGAAGAUGUGAGAAAGACAAACUCAACCCACUAGUGAAAAAAUGACGUUUUUUAAACGCAAAACAUAACUUUUUAUAAAGUAGUUAUUAGACACAUAGUUUUGGGCGAUAUAAUAAAUUUGCACAUUUUAUAACGUAAUUUCUGAAGUCCGUCAUAAUAUGUGCAGUUUAUUAUGACAAAUUUUCAUUUGUCCUAGGGUGAAAUAUAUUAUGACGUAAAAGUUUUUGUACGUUAAAAUAUGUGAUUAUUAUUACGUAGAAGUUUUUGUACGUUAUAAUAUGUG